AUGUGCAACCAGAACCCAGAGAGGGCCCUGAAGAGGGCUUUGGACAACACUGUCUGCAGGCAGCGUUGGGAGCAAGGAAAGCAGGAGUCUCAGAGCCCGGCGCUGGAUCGCUGCGUUGACUGGGCAGGUACAGCUGACGCCUGGUUCCCGAGGCUGCGCUCCCUCCACUCCCGCCCAGCUCAGCGCUCCUCUCGGGUCACCCCUGUCCCCUCCCCUGCUGCCCAGGCAGGCCGGUGCCCUCCCCGACCCCAGGCCGGGCUCACGGAGCUGCUGAGUCACGUUCCGGGCACGCGGCCCUGGGGACCAGGGCCUCCGGGGCGCGCCGGGGCUGCGGAGCCAGCAGGGGACGUGCUGGGACGCCUGCAGUUCUGCUGGUUCCUGCCGUCCUUGGCCCUGUCCUCAGCAAGCCGGGCUGAGGAGAGCUCGGCUGUGAAGAGAGUUGCCCUGGGCCUGCCUUUGAUCUGCCCGCAGCGCAGGGGCUCCUGCCAGCCUGGCGGCUUCCCCACCCCAGCUCUCACCUGUGAGGUCCAGGAUCUUCUUCCUGGCCUCUCUCUGCUGGCCACCUCACAGGUGUCCAUCCUGUCAUCCUUUGAGAGCCGCCUUAUGAAGCUGGAGAACUCCAUCAUCCCUGUGCACAAACAGACGGAGAAUCUGCAGCGGCUGCAGGAGAAUGUCGAGAAGACGCUGUCCUGCCUGGACCAUGUCAUCAGCUACUACCAUGUGGCCAGUGACACUGAGAAAAUCAUCAGGGAGGGCCCCACAGGUAGGCUGGAAGAGUACCUGGGAAGCAUGGCCAAGAUUCAGAAGGCUGUGGAGUAUUUCCAGGACAAUAGCCCAGACAGUCCAGAGCUCAACAAAGUGAAGCUGCUGUUUGAGCGGGGAAAGGAGUCGCUGGAGUCCGAGUUCCGUAGCCUGAUGACCCGGCACAGUAAGGUCGUCUCCCCUGUGCUCAUCCUGGACCUGAUCAGUGGUGAUGACGAGCUGGAGGUCCAAGAGGACGUGGCCCUGGAGCACCUGCCCGAGAGCGUGCUCCAGGACGUGAUCCGCAUCUCCCGCUGGCUAGUGGAAUAUGGCCGCAACCAAGACUUCAUGAAUGUCUACUACCAGAUUCGCUCCAGCCAGCUGGACCGCUCCAUCAAGGGCCUGAAGGAGCAUUUCCGGAAGAGCAGUUCUUCCUCUGGGGUUCCCUACUCCCCUGCCAUCCCCAACAAGAGGAAAGACACACCCACCAAGAAGCCAGUCAAGCGGCCAGGGACGAUCCGUAAGGCUCAGAACCUUCUGAAACAGUAUUCCCAGCAUGGUCUAGAUGGGAAAAAGGGGGGCUCUAACCUCAUUCCUCUGGAAGGUCACGAGCAUGAUUUCCGAGUUAAGCACCUGUCCGAGGCCCUGAACGACAAGCACGGGCCGCUGGCUGGGAGAGAUGACAUGCUGGACGUGGAGACCGACGCCUACAUUCACUGCGUCAGUGCCUUUGUCAAGCUGGCCCAGAGCGAGUACCAGCUGCUGACCGACAUCAUCCCUGAGCACCAUCAGAAAAAAACCUUUGACUCCUUGAUCCAGGAUGCGCUGGAUGGGCUGAUGCUGGAGGGAGAGAACAUCGUGGCUGCUGCCCGCAAGGCCAUCAUCCGCCACGACUUCUCCACGGUGCUCACCGUCUUCCCCAUCCUGCGGCACCUCAAACAGACCAAACCUGAGUUUGACCAGGUGCUCCAGGGCACGGCCGCCAGCACCAAGAACAAGCUGCCUGGCCUCAUCACCUCCAUGGAGACCAUUGGAGCCAAAGCGCUGGAGGACUUUGCGGACAACAUCAAGAAUGACCCGGACAAGGAGUACAACAUGCCCAAGGACGGCACCGUGCACGAGCUCACAAGCAACGCCAUCCUCUUCCUGCAGCAGCUUCUGGACUUCCAGGAAACAGCAGGUGCCAUGCUGGCCUCCCAAGAGACCAGUUCUUCAGCCACCAGCUACAACUCCGAGUUCAGCAAGCGACUGCUAAGCACCUAUAUCUGUAAAGUCCUGGGCAACCUGCAGUUGAACUUGCUGAGCAAGUCCAAGGUGUAUGAGGACCCAGCCCUGAGCGCCAUCUUCCUGCACAACAACUACAACUACAUCCUCAAGUCGCUGGAGAAGUCUGAGCUGAUCCAGCUGGUGGCUGUGACCCAGAAGACUGCCGAGCGCUCCUACCGGGAGCACAUUGAGCAACAGAUCCAGACCUACCAACGCAGUUGGUUAAAGGUGACCGAUUACAUCGCAGAGAAGAAUCUACCUGUGUUCCAACCGGGAGUCAAGCUCCGGGACAAGGAGCGACAGAUGAUCAAGGAGCGUUUUAAGGGCUUCAAUGAUGGCCUUGAAGAACUAUGCAAGAUCCAGAAGGCCUGGGCUAUUCCAGACACAGAGCAGAGGGACAAGAUUCGCCAGGCUCAGAAGAACAUUGUCAAGGAGACCUAUGGGGCCUUUCUGCACAGGUACGGCAGCGUGCCCUUCACCAAGAACCCUGAGAAGUACAUCAAGUACCGCGUGGAGCAGGUGGGAGACAUGAUCGAGCGCCUUUUCGACACCUCCGCCUGAGCCUGCUACUAUCUCCGCCUGCUUCACCAGACUAACCAUGUUAUUGGACAGAUAAACCAGUGUUAACUUGC